AUGACGGAGGAGGAGGAGGGGGCCGAGGAGCAGCAACGCUUCUCUUACCGACAGAGGCUAAAGGCAGCGGUUCACUACACGGUUGGUUGUCUUUGCGAGGAAGUUGCGUUGGACAAAGACAUGCAGUUCAGCAAGCAAACCAUUGCAGCGAUCUCAGAGGUGACCUUCCGACAAUGUGAAAAUUUUGCCAGAGACCUUGAGAUGUUUGCAAGACAUGCGAAAAGAAGCACAAUUAACACUGAAGAUGUGAAGCUCUUAGCCAGGAGGAGUCAUUCACUGCUAAAAUACAUCACAGAGAAAAAUGAAGACAUCGCUCAGCUUAACCUGGAAAGAAAAGCAAAGAAGAAGAAGAAGUUGGAGGAUGAAAACAGAAAUUCAAUGGAGUCAGCAGAGGCUGGUGUAGAGGAAAGUGAGAAUUAA